AUGAUUGAAAAGAUUGAUAAAUUCUGUUUUGACAAAGAGAAUAGAGAGAAAUAUCUAGAUGUCAUCGAUAAUGUCUCCAGUUUUGCUCGUCACAUGUGGCCUACCCUUGAUCCAAGUCAAUUAUCUUUGGGUGCCCAAUACAUGUUUGUUGCAAUUAUUUUCGAUGACUUUAUAGAAACUUGUGAAAGGAAAAUAGAAGACAACCCAACUCCUCUUGAAAAUCUUGCAAUGGAUUUAAAUCAGAGCUUAACAAACGUAGCUGGUACCCAACACUCUAUGAAUCUAUUAAAGACUGCUAUUUUAGAUUUUAUCGAUAACGUUAUUCCAUUUGAAAAUAUGAAGUCUCUAGAAGGUGAUAUAAAUAUGGAUUUAUAUUACUUAUUAAGAGGAGAUAAUGUUGGAAUAAGAUCACAUUUCCGAUUUAGUUUGAUUUUCGUAGUAAAAAGAUUGAAUUCCGAAAUUAUGUCUGACCCUCUUUGGAAGUAUCUUGUCGACAAUAUUGGAAACAUAUGUGCAAUCUUCAAUGACAUCACCUCAUAUGAAAAAGAACUUCGAGAAAAUGAUGUCCGAAUGAAUAGUUUUCAUUUUAUUAAAACCCAACAUAAUAUGUGUUUUGAGGAGUGUAUGGAGUACUGUGAAAAGGAAAUUGAUUAUUGUUAUGAUCAAUAUUUUAUGCAUGAAAAAUUGAUAAUUCAAAAGAUUGUCCCAACUCUCAAAGAUAAAGAAGAGGUCGAAGAGUUCUAUAAGGUUAUUGAACAACUUCAUAAUAUCACUUCCUCAGUAAUAGCUUGGGCUUUAGAAUCAACAAGAUUUAAAUCAAAAAACUCCAUGUUUGUAGAACUCCAACUAUCUGAUUAA